AUGAUUAAAUCUACACUUAUUUAUAGAGACGAUGGUUUACCACUUUGUGCAUCAGUUGAUGAUGAAAGUGAUAUGUCAUUAAAUGAACAAAAGAAAAAAGUUAAAAUUGUUAUUUCAAGGUUAACACCAAAUUCUGCAACAGAAGCUACAUUAGAAAGUGGUAAAUAUGAAAUUAAUUAUAUUAAAAGAGAUGUUGUUAUUUUUGUUGUAAUAUGUGAAAUUGGUUAUCCACGUAAUUUAGCAUUUUCUUACCUUGGUGACGUCUCAGAAGAAUUUCAACAUUCUUAUUCACAUGAAUAUGGUAAACCAAAUAUAAGACCUUAUGCAUUUGUCAGUUUUGAUAAUUUUUUACAGAAGACAAAAAAAGCUUAUAGUGAUAAAAAAGUUCAAGAUAAUUUAGAUCAAUUAAACCAAGAACUAGUCGGUGUUAAGCAAAUUAUGUCAAAAAAUAUUGAAGAUUUAUUAUAUAGAGGUGAUUCAUUAGAUAAAAUGAGUGAUAUGAGUGCAUCAUUAAAAGAAUCUUCAAAAAGAUAUAGAAAAUCUGCACAAAAGAUUAAUUUUGAUUUACUAAUUAGCCAAUAUGCACCAAUUGCAAUUGUUGCAUUCUUCUUUGUAUUUUUAAUUUGGUGGGUAUUUUUAAAAUAG